AUGAAGCGCGCGGCCGAGGAGGAUGCCGCCGCGGCGCCGCGGGCGCCGCUCUCGCCGAAGGCGAACCUCAACCCGACCCGCCCCCCCGCGGGCGUGAUGCCGUUCCGCCCCCCGGGCGCCGGCUUCCGUCCUCCGACGAAGGCCGCCGCGUUCCGUCCUCCGAUGAAAACCGCCGGAGGAGGAUCUGGCGCGGGCACCGCGUUCCGCGCACCGUUCGCGGCCCCGGUCGCGCGCGCGCCCGCGCCCGCGCGACCGGCGCCCUCCGCGCCGUCGUCCGCGUCCGCGCCGCCGUCGACGUCGACCUCGACGACGACGAAGGCGUACUUCUCGUGCCUCUACGCGAAGCGAAAGGCUGCGAAGAAUCGCUCGUCGAAGUCGUGGCUGGACGGCAUCUGCGUGUACGAGCCCCCGUUCACGACGCUGUUGGACGAGACCGGGAAAGCGUUGACGAAGUCCAGGGCGGGUACGUGCGUCGUCGGGACGGAGAUGGACAUCGGGAACUGGAACGUCGAGGUCGCGGACGCGAUCUCGGAGAGCGACUACCAGUCCGGCAAGGCGCUCCUCGGCGGCGGCGGCGGCGGCGGCGGCGGCGGCGGCGGGGGCGCGCUUCCGUCGUCGCUCUCGGCGCCGCGCGGGCGCACGGCGGCGUUCCGGCCGAUAAAGAUGGGCGCCCCGGGAGACGACUCGCGCGCGACCGCGCCCGGCGGCGCGUCCGCGGCGCACACCCCCGCGGCGCGACCGCCGCUGCACGACCCCGCGCGCGAGGGCGCGACGCUGUUGUCGUCCCCCGGCGACGUUUUCCCCGGGUUCGGGCCCGCGUCCACCGCCGUCGUCGUGGACCCGAUCCUCGGCGCGUCCUUGCGACCGCACCAGAGGGACGGCGUGCGAUUCAUGUUCGAGUGCGUCUCCGGAAGACGCGCGGGAGGGCACCGCGGGUGCCUCCUCGCGCACGAGAUGGGCAUGGGGAAGACGCUCCAAGUCAUCGCGCUGCUGUGGACGCUUCUGAAGCAAGGCCCGCGCGGGACCCCGAUGGUGAAGAAAGCCGUCAUCGCGUGCCCCGCGAGCUUGGUCUCGAACUGGGGCGCGGAGAUGAAGAAGUGGCUCGGGCAGACGCGGCUCGCGCCGCUGCUCGUCGAGGGCGGGGACAAAGACGCGAAGUCGCUGUUCGACGACUGGGCGUUGGCGCAUCAGAAGCGAUACGCCGUGCUGGUGACGUCGUACGAGACGCUGCGGUCGUACGCGUCGAAGAUCGAGAGCGGCGGCGUGGACCUUCUCGUGUGCGACGAAGCGCAUCGGCUGAAGAACGCGAAAGGGGACACGCUGACGGUCGCGGCGUUGCGCGCGCUGAAGUGUAAUCGCCGCGUGUUGCUGUCGGGGACGCCGAUUCAAAACGAUCUCACGGAAUACUUUGGUCUCAUGGACUUCGCGUGCCCGGGGCUGCUCGGGGAUUUAGGGCCGUUCAAGAAGAUCUUCUCGGGGCCGAUCGAGCGGUCGCGAGAUAAGCGCGCGAGCGCGGAUGAGCGAACGAUCGGCGCCGCGCGCGGCGAAGAGCUCGCGAGGAUGACGCGCGAGUACGUCCACCGAGCGUCCGCGUCGGAGGUGAACGCGCGUCACGGACUGCCGCCGAAGACGGAGUACGUCGUGUUCGUUCGGUUGUCUCCGACGCAGGCGGCGCUGUACGGCGCCCUGUUGAAGACUGCCGCGGUGAGAGGCGCGCUGGGGGGUAAAGGAAGCCCGCUGACGGCGUUACAGAAGCUCCAGCGGUUGUGCAACAGCGCGCGGCUGUUAGCGAGCGGCGGCGGCGGCGGCGGCGGGGACGUCGUCGACGAAAACGACGCCGAGGAGGAUAUCCGCGCUCUCAGGGCGCGAGUCCCGCGCGGGUACGACGAUCCGUUCGACGCGACCGCGGACGCGCUGUCGCCUUCCUUCUCCGGAAAGCUCGCGGUGUUGUUGACGAUGCUGCGGGCGACGACCCCGGGGGUGGACAAGACGGUCGUCGUCUCGGGGUUCACGUCCACGCUGGACUUGAUCGCGGCGGCGUUGAGCGCCGCGGGCGUCGGCGGGAAGGUAUCGUCGCGGCUCGACGGGAGCGUCGCGCCGAACCUGCGAGGCGCGAUCGUGAACAAGUUCAACGACGGCAAGGGCGGCGACGUGUUCCUGUUGUCGUGUAAAGCCGGCGGCGUCGGGCUGAACCUCGUCGGCGCGAACCGGCUGGUGUUGUUCGACUCGGACUGGAACCCCGCGAACGAUCUCCAGGCGCUCGCGCGCGUGUGGCGGGAAGGGCAGAAGCGCCCGGUGACCAUCUACCGGCUCGUGUCCACGGGGACGGUAGAGGAGAGGGUGUUCCAGAGGCAGAUCUUGAAGGGGGACGUCGCGGACGCGAUGGGGAUGGCGUCCGUGAACAAACGCGGCGGCGACGGCGACGGCGGCGGCGGCGGCGGCGGCGGCGGCGCCGGGAAGAUGUCCCUGUCCAAGGAGGAGCUUCGCGAUUUGUUCCGGUUCGACGAGCGCACGGUCUGCAACACCGUGGAGGUUCUGCGCACCGGCGGCGGCGGCGACGGGAAGGGCAAGACGCGCGAGCUCCCGAAGCACUGGCGCGAGUGCGCGAGCGCGGCGGACGGCGGGAUCCCGGACCCGCCGCUCGCGAGCGCGAUGGCGCUGACGCACGCGCGGCCCGGGGAUGACGACGGCGGCGGCGGCGGCGCGACCGGCGGCGACCCGGGGAUGCGCGUCGUGUCGUUCGUCGCGCGGAUGCCGUCGUCCUCGGAAUCGGCGGCGACGGUCGACGCGGAGAGGGGGUCGCGGAAGGCGGAAGACGAGGCGGCGGCGACGGCGUGA